UAUACCUUGCAACCUUGAUACUGUUUGAUAUCAAGCUUGAAUACGAUGUCCAAAGUUUAUAAAUCAAGUGAAUAUAUUUCUGAAUCAGAUUUAUCUGAUGACGAAGAAGUUGAAUUCCAACCACCAAAGCAUUUCCACAUCCAUGAAUCCAAGGCGAAAUUAGACAUCAAGUCAAUUAAAGAUAAAGAAAUCUGGUUGAUUAAAACACCAAAGGGAUUCCCUAUAUCCGAAUUGAAAACCUUGCCUAUUUCAUUCACAGCCACAUCUUUAAAGCAACAUCAUGAUCCAUUGAAAUUAAAGAAUGGAUCUAAAUUUAGUAUCGAUGAAGAAUUAUUGGCUAAUCCUGAAACCGGUAACGCUGGAAAACAUUCAGUGUUUGUUAAACUGUCUUCUAAGACUCAUAAAUUGAAACCUAGUGGUUUGGGAAUCAGCAGGAUGUAUAACAUUAGAGAAUUGGUUACUAUUCCAGAUAUUAAAUAUGAAGAUGUGGUUAUACCCCGAGAAAAUGUACCUCGAGUUGAUGAUUUGAGAAUGAGACAUUUCCCAACCGGGUAUGGUGCUGGUGAUUACAAAUUUGAAGGUGACGAAUCAGUACUGACCGAAACCAAGCCAGCUAAGAGGGACAGAGAAGAGAGCAAGGCGGAACCAGAAAAGGAACACAAGGAAAAGAAGCAUAAGAAAGACAAGAAGGAGAAGAAGGAGAAGAAAGAAAAGAAGAAGGACAAGAAGGAAAAGCAUUGAUUCUUGUUCUUUUGCAUAUAUAAUUGUAGCUAGUUUAAUGAAUACAAGUAUAGACUCAUUAGCAAGAGUAGUGCGCUUUGGCUCAAAAAGUUUUUUGUAAAAAGCUGGAAGAGAAGUUGCUACAGUAACUGUCUAUAGCUACC